AUGAUGAGAUCCGCGGGUGAGCUCCUCUCCUGCCAUCUCUUCUCCAAUCCAAGAAACGAGACCAACCUCAACCCUAACCCUAAUUCCAGAUUCCUCUCCCCUACCGGUCGCAUUGGCCGCAAGAAGAGCUCCCGCCCCCUCAGGGACUUCUACGCCGAGUGGGUCGACGCCCUCCGGUCGACCCUCCUCCCCCUCCUCCGCCACUCCAUGUCCACCGCUCCCCUCGACCACCCCGUUGCCCACCGCGGCCUCCUCGGCGGCGGAGCCAUGGUCUCCUCCUCCGACCUCCUCUCCACCCACGUCCACGCCCUCCACGCCCACUUCCAGGCCUACUUCCAGGCCCUCGAUCUCGCCGCCCGCCAUGACGUCUCCCAGCUCCUCUCGCCCGACUGGCGCAACCCCCUCGAGACCCCCUUCCUCUGGCUCGGCGACUUCCACCCCGCCGUCCUUACCACCCUCCUCCGCUCCUUCCUCCACCCUCCCUCCGACGAGCCCCGCCGCCCCCUCCCGUUCGCCCUCGCCUGGACGUGCCCUUCCCGCGACCUCACCGCCCGGAUCGACCAGAUCGAGCGCGGCCUCCGCCUCAUCGUCCCCGCCCUCGCCAGCCGCCUCCGGGAAGCCCAGGCCAGCUUCCUGGAGGCCGCUGCCGCCGAGUGGGCCGCCAGCAGGGGCAAGGAGGAAGGAUCGUUGCCGCCGGCCAAGGCAGUGGAUGGAGCUACCGGGGCUCAGUUGGAGGAGCUGGCGAGCGUGUUCUUGGACGCCAACAGGCUCCGGCGGAGCAUCCUGGCGGAGAUAGUCGAGGUCCUAGAUGUGUAUCAGGCCGCCCUCUAUCUGGAAGCGCUGGCCCAGUUCGUGGUGGGGUUCCGGGACCCUGAGCUGCUGCAUCAUUUCGAUCAGUGCCGGAUGCCUCCGUCGCCCCCUGGCUCUUCUUGAUUCUAAGGAUUCUUGCAUGUCUUUGGUCGCUUCUGAUCUUGAAUGGCUUUCUUUUUGAGUCAUUUCUCAUACGAGCGAGAAUUU